GGCGCACGAACGCACGCACCGCUCCGGUCCCUGCGCUCCCUCACAUGCGUCCCCGCUGACUCCGCUCUGGAGCUCUGGCUGCGCCAAGAUGAGCGUGGUCGCCCCGGUACCAUCAGCACGGUACCAGCCCACCGCCUGAUCACAGCCACGCCGAGACAGAGAGACUGAGAGAGAAUUAGAGAGAGAGAGAGAGAGACCAUCCUUCCUCUCCAGAACCUUUCACCGUCGCCAACGGGAAAACCGCAGAGAACGCGGCUUGUUUUGGCAUCUUUUUUUCCCCUCAUCUCCUUGUUCUUUCUGCAUCCAUCUGUUGGGCGAUCUCCUAGUUUGAAGGGAGAGGGGAGAAAACACCCCCAAAAACCCCAGUUUUGUGGAAUUACAUUUUGUAUUGAUUCAUCUUUUUCUAAUUUUUUUUUAUUCCUGCUGGGUGUUGGUGAGCGCACAGUUUUGUGUGCGCUUAUACAAAUUCCGAUAAAUGGUGGAUUUGGCAAACAUGGAGACCGUGGAGAAGGAAUGCGGGGCCCUCGGGGGUCUAUUCCAGGCGAUUGUCAACGACAUGAAGUGCUCCUAUCCGGUGUGGGAGGACUUCAGCGCCAAGGCCACCAAGCUGCAUUCCCAGCUCAGAACCACUGUACUGGCAGCUGUGGCCUUCCUGGAUGCCUUUCAGAAGGUGGCUGACAUGGCGACCAACACCAGAGGGGCAACCAGAGACAUCGGCUCCGCUCUGACCAGGAUGUGCAUGAGGCAUCGCAGCAUUGAGGCCAAACUUCGACAGUUCACCAAUGCUUUGAUGGAGAGUUUGAUUGCUCCUCUCCAGGACAAGAUUGAAGACUGGAAGAAGACAGCCAACCAGCUGGACAAGGAUCACGCCAAAGAGUACAAGAGGUCACGGCAUGAGAUCAAGAAGAAGUCAUCUGACACCAUGAAACUGCAGAAGAAGGCUCGUAAAGGGCGAGGAGACCUGCAGCCCCAGGUGGACAGCGCCAUGCAGGACGUGACCGACAUGUGCCUGCUGAUGGAGGAGACGGAGAAGCAGGCGGUGCGUCGCGCUCUGGUGGAGGAGAGGGGACGCUUCUGCACCUUCAUCGGCUUCCUGCAGCCCGUCGUGAAUGGAGAGAUCGCGAUGCUCGGUGAAAUCACCCACCUCCAGGCCAUCAUCGAUGACCUCACUGUGCUCACCACCGACCCGCACAAACUGCCCGCGGCCAGUGAACAGGUGAUUAUAGAUCUGAAGGGAUCGGAUUACAGCUGGUCCUAUCAGACUCCUCCAUCAUCCCCGAGCAGCUCCGGCUCUCGCAAGAGCAGCAUGUGCAGCAGCGUCAACAGUGCCCACAGUAGUUCCUCCCGCUCAUCGGGGGGAGGCGUAGGUAUGGGUGGUGGUGUUGUUGGUGGAGGUUCCCAGCCACACUCACCCACCUCCUCCUCCUCCUUACGCUACCGCAGCAGCCUCCCACCGCAGCAGCCCCCGCAUCCAGGGGGGAUCGCCGCCCACAGACUCAGCAGCGUCUCCUCCCACGAUUCAGGCUUCGUGUCCCAGGACGCUAACAUCUACUCCAAGCCUCCGUCGCCUAUGCCCUCAGACAUCACAAGUCAGAAGUCAUCCAGCUCGGCAUCAUCAGAGGCGUCAGAAACAUGCCAGUCAGUCAGUGAAUGCAGCUCCCCCACCACCUUUGGCUCGUCCUUCGCUACCUUCCGCCCCGCUCUUUCACACUCUGGCUCCACCAGGCCUCUCUCUGUCAUUCUUCCUGUUCCUGCGCCCCUACCCUAUAACUGCCCCUCUGGAUCCAGCUCCUCCUCUCCCACAUCAAAGGUUCCCAUUUGGAAGGAUUGGUCCAAAGCAGGACAGUAUGAGCAGCCCGUGGCUGCAGCUCCGGUUCAAAGGAGAAAGGAACCUCUGGACAGGCUGAGAGAAAAUGAAGGAUCGCCAGGCUCCCAGGGAUACGCCGGUGCAUCCCACGCCGACGACGGCCAGAGGCACAGGAUGACUCCAGCUACCAUUGCUGCCAAGCAUGGGGAGGAGGUGUCUCCAGCAGCCAGUGACCUGGCCAUGGUGCUGACCCGAGGGCUGAGCAUGGACCAGCAGAAGAGCAGCAGAGACUCCCUGCAGUACUCCAGCGGAUACAGCACAGAGACAACCACGCCGUCCUGCUCCGAGGACACAAUUCCUUCUCAAGGUUCGGAUUAUGACUGCUACUCUGUGAACGGUGAUACUGAAGGUCCGGAUGGACAGACAGAAUUUGACAAGUCCUCCACGAUUCCUCGCCACUCCAACAUAGCCCAGAACUACAGGCGGAUGAUUCAGACCAAGAGGCCGGCCAGCACGGCCGGCUUGCCCAGCGGCGUCCUCGGCCCGGGGACUCACGGGAUACCGGGACAAGCAGGUGGAGCGGGCGGAGGAGCGGGGACUCCUGGCACCGCCACCAUCCGCCGAACCCCAUCCACCAAGCCGGGAGUCCGGCGCACGCUGUCCAACGCGGGGCCCAUCCCCAUCCGACCGCCCAUCGUGCCUGUGAAAACCCCCACGGUUCCCGGAGACUCGCAUCCCCCCGGCGCGGGUCUGUACGCGGGCGGGGGCCAUGCGGCCGGCGGGCCUGUCCGCGUGGGCAGCGAGGAGUGCGUGUUCUACACCGGGGGCGAGGACCCGCACGGAGGCCUUGACUACGUAAAGGCGUCGCCGAAGCGCCUCAGCCUGCCCAACACGGCCUGGGGAUCCGGGGCGGCGCUGGAGGUCUACGCCCAGCAGCACGGGGGGGGCCUCGCCAUGGCGACGGGCUCGGACGAGGAUCAGAUGAUCGCGGCGAAUCGCCACAGCUUAGUGGAGAAGAUCGGCGAGUUGGUCGCCAGCGCACACGCCCUCGGCGAGGGCCAGUUCCCCUUCCCCACCCUCCCCGAUGACCCGGCCCCUCCAGGCUCCAGUGAAACUCAGGCAGGGACAGAAGGGGCGGGAGGCUCCGGUGACAUGCUGACCACCAUCAGGAGAGGAGUUCGCCUUCGCAAAACAGUUUCCAACGACCGCUCGGCCCCGCGUAUAUUGUGAUUAGAAAAGGAGAGCAUAACUAGGGGGAUACUUGUCAGCCGGUAGGCAGGUCAGGGGCGGCGUGGUGUAACCCAGCCACCUAGUACAUACACAAAAAAACUUAACUAUGUAGGGAGAGCUAGAAUAUAACAAGAGGAUGAAAACAAGAAACAUAUACAAAAUGUGUUCAGACACCUUUAGAGUCAAUGAUAUAUAAUGAUAACAAUAAUAACGUUAACUCAUGCUGACAAUUAAAAAGGUAAAUACUUAAUAUUGACAGGCUUCUAGCAGGCCACUAUAACUAGUGUGUGUUGGACGCAUGUUUGUCUUCUAUACACCCUCACCCAGGGGCAGAAGGACUCACAGGAAACCCAGACAAGAUCAAAAAAAGAAGAAGAGGCAAAGAAAGAGAGAGACACUGAGUCCUGUUCUGUGUGCCAACAUCCCCCCUGACUCCCCACCCCUCCCUUCCUAUCCUCUUUUCCAACUAACUCAACUGUCUGAUCCCAGAUGAAAGACUGAUGAUGGAGGGAGGGAGGGGCUGAUGGGGGCGAGCGAGAGAGAGAUGGAUGGUGGUGGGGGGGGGGGUCUGAACCCAGACUGUCCCGGCUGCAGUGUACUGUACGUAAAAAGCCCGAUAAACUGAAGCAUCUGUACUAGCGCGGCGAGCUAACUAACCAGAGAGCCCCUCUGGCUGAUUCCAAUGUAAAAAAAGAAAAAAUACUGUUGGCAUUGAACCAUGCUAGUAUAACCCCCCCCCCCCCCCCGCCCCCCUCUCUCUCUCUCUCUCUCUCUCUGAACAAGUGCGUGCAUUCAUGUGUAUGAAUGUGGCCAAAUGUAAAAAACUGCGUGUGUGGAACCGUGAUUGGUUAUUGUGUAUGUGUGAGGGGGCGGGUAGAGCUCUGCUGCAGGACAGCUGGUCACCCAAUGAGGGCAGGGCUUUUCUCUUGUGCGUGUCGUGUGUGCACUUUCUUGUUUAUAUUGUGACGUCACUUACCUUGUUGCCACUGUAAGAGAAGUUACGAGACGCAAUCCAGGCGUAUAAAUAUAUAUAUAUAUAUAAACAUAAAUAUAUUCAUAUAUAUAUUUUCUAAAACCAGAGAGAAAAUGUUAAAUCAGAAAUGGAGCAAUAAAUGUGUUUUAUUUUCUUGUUUCAAAGAAGAGGAUCAGUGGAGGAUUGCAGGUUCUCCUUAAUCCCAUUUAGGCAAUCAUCAGGAAUGCUAAAUUACACAUCGACUGUGAAUUCAUGCAUAGAAGGUUUUUCUGUGUGUGUGUGUGUGCGUGUGUGUGUGCGUGCAUGUGUGCGUGUGUGUGUGGGUCCCUGUCACCUUCCUAUAUGUAGAAUGGAUUACAAAAAUUUGGAAGAAAGGAAAACUUUAAGCACUUUUUUUAUGAAGGUAGAGUAUCUACAAUAGCCAGCAGGUGUUGCUGUAGACAUACUUUUGAUAGGGAGUGUGAGCCCAACGCUUGUGUCCAGAAGUGGAAGGAGAAGAAACAGAGGGAUGACGAGGAAGUGAUUGAGACUGGUAACAAUGGAGUGAUAGGUCAAAUGAGAGACGGGAUCAGAAAGUAGCACAAAAUAUGAGGCUAGAAACAAGCUCAGGUGUCGGGGCGGUGCGAGUCAUCACCUGUUAUUGACUGGGAAGGGAAGAGGAAGAGUCUGACGACGUUAUUGCACUUGGAUCUGAACACAUAAUGAAAACAAAAGUACACUUACUCUCAGCCUAACUGCAUCAGGGGUAAAGAGAACAACUUUUUCGAAAUGGAUGAAAUCACAUCUGAACUGUUCAGCUCUUUCUUUUGAUUGUUUGCUAAUAAGAGUCUGUUUUAUAAAUAAAACAAGUGACUUUUUAGUUUCCAAUUCCAUUUCUCCCAAACUGUGAGGCACACAGAUGGAAGUCUACUCAAUGUAAGAACCAUGACAAAGAAAACCUAAACUAUAAAUGUUUAUUUGUAAUUUGAUCUCAUCCGUAGCAGCAUGAAUCCUGCAUCGCUCAAUGUGUCCAAAACUCAAUAUACAGUCAUAUUUCCCAUGUUGGUGCACAAACAGCAUCACACAAAGCUAUAUAUCUGCAAGUAAUAUAUUACUGUAUUAUGGAAAACAAGUCUUGGACAUAGCUGAACAGUCUUGUGUUUCAUUAAAAAAGGAAAACAUUUGACAAGAAACAGCUGAGACGUCGCACAAAUGCUGCACAAAAGCUGCACAAAUGCUGCACAAAAACAGGAACGCGUUCAGCUGGCCGCCAACAGCGUUGGACGGUUCUUGUUCAUUUUUAUCCUUUUAGGAGAUUACAGUUUCAAAAACAGCAAUGGGGUUCAAGUUUCUAAUCUGCAAUUUGCAACGUGUCUGCAGUCAUAGCAGGAGUUUGAUUCAGCAGGAAGUGUUUGUGAGGGAGGUCACGCUGGCUUUGUGGGAGCUCCACUCUUUUGAUCUGCCAGGAAAGUCCUGGCUGCUUUGUUUUUUUGCUCAGGCCUUCAGCUGAGGGCCGGACUCGUACGGGGGGUGUCGAGUGCGCGUGUGCAGUUGUUGGAAGGCCGACUCUCGUUGAGUAAAAGGAAUCAUUUAUUAGAAUUUUUAAAAGAAAUUGCCCAACACUGCUUAUAACUGAGCUGCCGCCAAAACAAGGACAGUAUUUGUUUGGUCUCAAAAACUAAAUGAGGUCCUAGUGAUCAGAUUUAUUAAAGUGUACACAAAAUAUAAGUGCUUGUUGGAAUGAAAAAAAGGGAAUGAAAGGAAAUCACCAAUCCACCACUGCACAGUUGGGCUCAGUUCAGUCCACACAACCCGGCUCAGCUCAGGAUUCAGCUCUGACAGAUGGAUUAUUUAUGAUCAUUAAGAUUGGAGAAUAAGUGAAGCCUGCUUGAUGUGCUCACUGGUGACAAAGGAGAAGGAGGAUUUGGAUCACACUUCUGAAGUUGGCAGGGAGAGCAAAAGAUGUGAGGAAUGAGCAUUUCACUGCCUGUUCAUACGAUGUAUACUCUAUGUGCUGUAGUUACAAAAGAGGAGCAGGCGCACAGAUCUGGUACAAAGGUUUGAUAGAAAAUAUCACAUGGAAUAUUCAUUUUUAACUAUUUCCUUCUGUAGUACUGUUUGAAUACUGAGUCUUACUUUUAAUUAAUGUAAAAAGAAAAAAACAAACUCCACUUGUAACACAAACUAUUAAUCUGUGUAACAUAUGGAUGUAGGAUGAAUGGGUGUGUCCUCAUUAGGGUGUUGAUCUGUAGGCUACUCAUCUCUGCCUGAACAUAGCAAGUGACAUUAGCUCCAGUAUUUAUGUUGUGCCUUGACUGAGGCAUUUUCUCAAGAAAACAUUAGGAUUUUUCAUUUUAAAAAGGUAGAGGGAAGAACAAUCGCAAGCAGCUUUUUUUUUUUGGAACAUAUAAACAGUGCUUCCUUUCUUUCCUCGUUAUUUUUACUUACUGUAUGUGUGCUGUCAGAAAAUGGAUGGUGUGACUGAAACGGAGGGUGGGAGGAGAGAGCGACAGUCUAUAAAUCAUGGGUGAGAAAAAGUUCACUCAAGAGUUUGUAUUAUGACUACCGUACAAAAGUCCACAUGUGUAUGUUGAGUGUAAAACACAGUAAAGGGGACAUCACAUUCCUGGUUUACUUGAACUUCUGCAGUGCCGGAGCUUUGCUCUUGGACAAGUGGAUCAAGUAACCACUCAGUAGUCAGAAAACAUCAACAAUAAUGUUUCAUCUCGAGUAUGAUACAGGAAAAUACCACUUUCUUUCUCGGAAUAUAAACAUCCAUUCCAUCUAAAACUAUACCACACAACACUUUAAAGGUGUUGGUGGAACUAAACUCACUGCCAUUUAUCUACAGAAAGUUUAUGAUACCUUACAAAGCUGAUAUUUGUUGCUUAAUUCCAUAGAAGGGAUAACAACUCAAGUCCAGAUAAUUGUAGACAAUUAAACUUGAAUGACAAGAAAACGAGCAGUCUUUAUAGCCUGAUCAAAAGAAUGGCUGAAUAAUUGAUGACUGCGAGAUGAGAACACCACACUGAUGUAUAUAUAUAUUUGAGAGAGAGAGGGAGAUAAAGAUUAAAGUAUGUGUGAAGAGGCUCAAACAUUUUUUUAAGCGUUUGUAGAUCAGUGUUCUAAACAACUAAAUCUGGUGCCUGUACAUAGAUACAAAAUUAGACGCAUAUGUGCAGGCGAACACACACAGGAAUACAAACAUGCACAAAUACAUAGGAUACACACACAGACUUCUUUCCUCCUCUGUUGAGAAAACUCCUCCAUCAGUUGCAGGAAUUAAUGCAUUGACAGUAGUUUCAUAGUUUUGGUUUAAGCCCGGUCACAUUAAAGAGAUAUUUUGCCAUUUAUUUCACAAAUUGACCCAAAUUCUUUGAGCAAUGGUUGUGCAGCUCUGUCAUUUUAUGGCUCACUUGAAAUUGUUGCAGCAGCUUCAUGGAUUUAACAAAUGUGAAGUUGGUUGGAUAUAAAGAUGGAGAAGCCGACUCUGACCUGCGUCUGUGAUGUCACAGAACAUUUUAAAUACGACUGAACUGCAUUUUUUUAUUUUCAUUUUUUUUUAUAUUCAGUUAGCUAUGUAUGAUAUGAAAACUUAAAAGUUAAAAUAAUGAGUACUCUUCACGGCCCAAUACUAGAAUCCUUUAAUGGUUAAUAUGAGGUUACUUAAACAAAUGAAAAGUACCGUAAUAGCUUGAUAAUUUGGGCAAUCCACUUGAUUAAUUUCUGACUAACACUACAACUGGCAGGUUUCUGUGGCUCUGAAGAUUUAAUUUGCAAUAUGAAUGUCCCAUAAAAUAAUAAAACUGACAGGUAAUAAUCGUUCACCCCAUAACGUCUCUAUAAAUUCCCCCUUCAUUUUCUAACGUUGUCCCUCAGCCUUAAUCCUGUUCCACCGAUCUUUACGCUCAGGGCUGCUGUGUGUUAAUAAUCAGAAAACAAAGUUAUCCAGCGUGGGAGGCUGUUGUCUGUCUCAAAGUUAAAAUCAUUUCAGUGAAGUCUGUUUCCAGUGUAUACAUCCAAGCUCUGUUUAUUAUCUCUUCAUCUCCCUUCUCCAUGCGUGGACAGCUCUGUGUCAGUAACCCUCCUGUUGGUACGUAUGUGAGGAACAGUAGCUAUCGUAAUGACUGGCGUGUCCUGGGUGUGUUGUUCAGUGCGAAAAGGAGCAGCAGCUGUUUUCCGGGCAAGCAGAUGGAAGUUUAACCCUCCACUUCAAUACUAGAUUACAUUUUAAUUAAUUUUGAUCAGGGUUUACGGGACAUGUUUUUUGGCAGUCUGUCAAAGUCAGCUCAUGUGACUUUGAUGGCUUCUCGGUGAGCGUCUGUCUGAGAAACCUACAAGUGGGAGCAGCGAUUUGUUCUCCCAGAGCCUGGUACUACCAGCAUGUGCAAGUGUAGUUUUGAUUACUGCGUGUGCCAUUAUAUUCUCUGUUUGGUAUCAUAGUGUGGACGUUAGUUUACAAAGUCACGGCAGGUAUGCUCAAGGAUAGUACUGCUGGUUGCCUUUCUAAUGGCGCAUUUUACAUAUUUAGAAGCCCAUUUAAAGGAGCUUGAGGCCGGAUUGAGGCAAGAUAUAUGAAAAAAAUCCGUAUACAUUUUAAGUUUUCUAGUAAUAAUGUCAGAUGAAGCGUUCCAAACCCAAAAGAAUGAGCCCUCUAGUGUAUCUCUCCUUUGCCUUGAACAGGCUGUGUGCUGCAAAAUGUGCUGCAAUUCGGUCCCGAAUUUCCCGCGCUGUCCUGCGGAUGUGACGUCACAUGACGCUGCAUGCACGUUCUCCCGUGCCGGCUUCACUGUUGGCUGCAGUACCCCCAACGGCCGUCGUGGUGAAGGGUGGCGCUAGAGAGUCUCAUUUCUUAAAAGGAGCCUCAUGCUCCUUUAAAUUUUCAGUCAACCAGGUUCAUGAUAAUCCUAAAAAUUACUGCAUUGAAGCCAACUAGAUGUCUUUUCUUGGUUCUUCAGUAACAAAGAAGUGUUAGCGUGUACAUGCAGUUACUGUCCCACUACAAUGGGGAAAAGAGCCUUUAAAAUCCACUUCACAAGUUAAUGUUACAUAAUUCCACAGUUGCACAACAGAAAAAACCAGACGCAGUCGCCAACAAUUUUCAGAACAAAGUAGGUGAAGAGCAUCGCUGAGCACUAGUUCUCCCACGCACUGACUGGCAGACUGCUGGAAGGAGACCAGGCAUGUACGCUCUACUUUUUAGGCAUAUUGAGAUUUUGGAUAACAGCAAACAUUUGUAGUCCAGUCUGAGGAUUUGAAUUUGUCCAAUUUCUUUUCCUUUUUUUUUUUUAGUUCUGAUGGCCUUUUGAUAGUUGGAAAGACGUGAAUUAUGGGAAGAACAAGGGGGAACCUAUGCAGGGAGGGAGCCCGUCAACAUAGGGGUGUCUGGGUUGUGUUUUUGUGUUUUUUUUACCCCUUUUCUAAAAAAAUAGCACUGUGUGGAAAUUUUUGUUUUCUUGUUUGUUUGUUUCUGUAGACAAAAAAAUGGAUUAACAAGAAAUGACAGUGUGCAUUUAGACUAUACUUAGAUAAUUGAAAAAUAUAGAUGUUAAAUUGGGUAAACCACUUUGCUUCCCAGAGUCCCCUGUACUGGGUUUUGUGUGCGCUUUAAUAUAAACAUACAACCUUUUUCAUGUUUCAACAAUUGUCUCAAAAAUUACUGUUACUGACAGAACUUGAGUAUGUUUUUUCUUUUUUUUUUUGUAAUUUCUUUUUCACAUGACAGUUAUUAACAAGAGCCUGGAGCGUACUAGGGUAAUCAGUCAAAAGCAAAUUAAGCCAAAAUAAUAUAAGUGGUCUUUCUGAGAUAACCCUUCGGAGGGGUUGGAGACUGUCAUUUAGUUUUUUUUUUCCCCAGGUGUGUCAUAAUUUAAUUAAAACUAGACAAGCUCAGAUGGCCCGUUGGAUUGAAGCAUGGCCAACUUCUCCUCUCCGGUACACUUGUUGAAGAGCCUCGUAUCAGUUUCCCUGGUAACUGAGGUUUAUGGGGAGUUGGAACACUUCCACUGUGAGCAUUUGUUCGCAGCAUGAACUCACCGCUAGAAAUUUAUGUGCAAUUUUUGUGGACAGCAGCUGUGUGUGGUUUGAACUUCUCAUAUUCAUACAUUUGAAUUCCUAAAAAAAAAAAAAAAAAAAGCUGAAUUAAACCUGAAAAUGUAUAUUUUUUUUUUUCAAAAGGAACAGUGUUAUUAUCAAUCUGAUAAAGAAAACAUAACAGUGGUGGCCAUUAACUGGUUUGUUUUGGUUUUGUGCCGUUCAGACAAAAAAAAGAUCUGAAUUUGCUGAACACGUGCCACUCUUUCUGUACAUGAAGGAUGUGCUUGUGUGUGUGUGUGUGUGAGUGUGAGAGCGAGAGAGGGAGUGUGUGUGCUGCACAAGGACAUGCGGUUGAGACCCCUACUGUUCCUCCCUUCCACCUCCCACACACAAUCUGUCAGCCCUUCCUGGUGUUUAAUACUGAAGAAAUCCGAGGCUCACUCUCACACACUUGCUCACACUCAUCUGAAGUGAACACGACAAAGGUAGAAAAACGACUUCUCGGUGGCCACGCGGGGGUGAACAGAGGUCCCCUAGGGUGCCCGUGAUGUAACGCACUGCAACCGCCCGUCAGUCAUACAUGACGGAGUGGUCCGAGCCGUCUCCAAGGUGCCGCUGUCACUGUACUCAAACUGAAUGUCUUACUGUCUGUACUCCAGUCCUCAGUAGUGUCUCUUGCUCUCUCUCGCUCUCUUUCUCUUCUUUUGUCCUUGACAGUCAACAUCUGAACUCCACAAAGAGAUCUCAACAAAACUCACCACUGAGGUUUUUUUUUGGUUUUGUUGUAUUUUUUUUUUUUUUUAACCGGCCUGCUUUGUUCAGAGAUCAGCAUUGUGACGGCCCUGCUUCAUCUGUCUAUACGAACCCAUCGUUUGCUCCGCUCUUCCCCUCCCGAGUCGCCCUGCAGUCACUGUGGUCUUGCUGAUUUCUCUUCUUUCUCUCUGCCUUUUAAGCUCUAUUUCUUUAAUUUAUUGUGAAAUGAUUUAUAAGGUUGUCUCACCUUUGUCGCUGAAGAUGAAGUUUUCCUUUCUGUCUUCCUUUUUUGUAAAACUGACCCUUUUUUGUUAACUUUAGUCACUGCUAAUGUAACAAAACGCACUGUGAUGAUUCCAGUAUUAAUAAAGUUGUACUUAA